AUGGUGGUUAUUGAGGAGGCGUUACCCGACGAGCUCUCUCUGUCGUACAAUGGCGGCAAGGACUGCCUGGUCCUGCUCAUCCUCAUCCUCGCCUGCCUCCCGGCCGCCACCUCCCACAUCCCCCCGAAACAGUCAGCACACCCGUCCGAGAACGGCUCCCCGCCCUCGAUACAACCUCUGAAAGCCAUAUACAUUGCGCCUCCGGAUCCGUUCCCCGAGGUGGAGGACUUUGUGUCCAUAUCGACGGCGCAGUAUCACCUGGACUUGACGAGAUACGCCCUGCCCAUGCGCCAGGCCCUCGAGGCCUACCAGCGAGACCAGCCGCCGGUGCGGGCCAUCUUCAUGGGCACGCGGCGGACGGACCCGCACAGCGAGUUCCUCACGCCCUUUAGCCCGACCGACGGCGACUGGCCGCAGUUUAUGCGCGUGAACCCGGUGCUGGACUGGCAUUAUACCGAGAUCUGGACGGUAAGCGGCCUUUCAUCCGACGCCUGGACAUACCAUUCUGCAGCCUAUACAACCAAGGAUUCACGUCACUGGGCGGCACCAAGAACACGCGCCCGAACCCGGCGCUGGCGCUCGACGGCGACACAAAGUCCUUCCGAGGGCGUGGGAAGAUAUGCGUGCGACUUGGGUGGAUCCGGGCGCAUUGCUUGUUACGAGAGAGAGCCAUCAUCAUCAGACUAUACUGCUACAAGAUUUGGAUAUGGCCAUUCGCGGCCUGGCUUGGACGACAUGAUGGCGUUGGCGUUCAAGACAUACAUGAUAUCUGAAUACGGUUGUGGGGUGGAUGGGCGUGCUUGGCGUUCUUCUGGGCGACGGCUGCUGCCACAUGCGCCUGGCGUGGCGGGGCCCGCCGCCUCCGGCACUCCACCCGCAUUUGCCAGCCGCGGGCCCCGACAGCAGCCUCGGCUUGUGAUCGGACCGCCCCAGCUCGGCGGUGCAACCUCCAUCCAUCCAACAUCCGUACCUCUGGUCAAUCGACUUUACAGCUUCCAUCAAACGCCCGUCCAUCCCACCCUGCGGUGCAAAGGGGAACCGAUCGGCCCUCCUCGCCCAGGCUCCCUCUCUUUCAUACACGCGAGUAUCGACGACUCCCCCGUCCUCCCUCGCGCACACCACACACAGCAGCUCCGACUCCCCGAUGACGCAACAACGCCAAUGACCGACUCGAGCUUCCUCCAGGCGCAGCAGCGCGUCGCCGCCCGCCGGCAGGCCCGCGAGGCCCAGGCCGCCGCCCGGCUCGCCGCGCAACGCGAGUCGUCGCGCGCCGCGCAGCAGCUGCAGCGGCUGCCCUUCCCCUUCAACAGGCUCGCCGAUGCCGUGGGUGCCGCCUCGUCGCGCGAGGGCACGCGCCCGGCGUUCCGCGUCGCCCAGGUCGACGCCGAGCUGCUCGACGAGGAGCUCGUCGACCUGCUGCGCGGCCAGGUCGGCGACGCGCUGCGCUACUUCGCCGGCGGCCACCUGCACGACGACUGGUCCGCCGAGAUCAUGCUGGCCCUGCGCGCCGUGCUUUUCAAGCUCACCGUCUGGGACCACGACGCUACCUACGGCGCCGCCCUGCAGAACCUCAAGUACACGGACGCGCGCCGGGCCGGGCCUGUCCUUGUGCCGCCGUCGCGCGCCCAAAAGAGCCUCUACGGCCUCGUCACCGUCUUUGGCAAGUACGCCUGGACCCGCUGGGAGGACUGGCUGCUGGAGCAGGACGACGGCCACAGCCAGCCCAGCGCGCGGGUGCGCCUCCUCUCGCGCUGGACGUCGCGCCUGUCGACGGUGCACUCGGCAGCAGCGUUUGCCUCGUUCCUCGUCUUCCUCCUGCGCGGCCGGUACCGUACACUGCUAGACCGAAUCCUGCGGAUGCGGCUAGCGGCACCCACGAGCCAGGUCAGCCGCGAGGUGUCGUUCGAGUACCUCAACCGACAGCUGGUGUGGCACGCCUUCACCGAGUUUCUGCUCUUCGUGCUGCCGCUCAUUGGCAUCAACCGGUGGCGGCGCUGGCUAAGCCGGACGUGGCGCAAAACCAAAGAAAUCAUCCAUACAGGCCCGACAUCCGGAGACGGGAGUGAUGCGGCGGCGCGCGGCGAGUACGCCUUCCUGCCAGAGCGGACAUGCGCCAUCUGCUACCAAGACCAAAACGACGCAGCAACGACAGAGACGGAGGUUCUCGCGGCGGCGGCCUCGUCGGGCGGCGUGAUCGGCAGCGCGCAGACGGACGUGACGAACCCGUACGAGACGAUACCGUGCGGCUGCGUGUACUGCUUCGUGUGCCUGGCGACGCGGCUGGAGCGCGAGGAGGGCGAGGGCUGGACGUGCCUGCGGUGCGGCGAGCACGUCAAGGAGUGCCGGCCCUGGAGCGGCGACGUGCUGGAGCCGGCGGCGGGGCCGACGGCGCGGCGCAAGGUGAGCGGAGGGGCGGCCAAGGUGGUGGCCUUUUCCGACGACGUCACGGGCGGGCUGACGGAGCAGGACGAGGACGAGGACGAGGACGAAGAGGAUGAGGAUGAGGAGGGGUUGGAUGUGCUGCAGGAGUCCUCGGAGACGGAUGGGGAGGACGAGGAGGGCAAGUGGGGGAGGCGUAUGGCGUGGUUGCGACAAUGA